GCAGCACUAUAUGGAUGACUACAUACAAAGUCUACCGGAUGAAUCUACCGCGAUUGAUAUGGUGAAGGAUAUAAUUAAUAUUCACAAAGAGGGUGGGUUCGAAAUUCGGAAUUUCACGAGCAAUAACUUGGAUGUGUUGAAAAGUGUGCCUACCGAGGCUUUAGGCGAUGCUGCUGUAAAAUUCAAAAUAGGUCAGCAAUAUGAAGGCGAACGAACACUCGGGCUCAUUUGGUACCCAGGGACGGACGAACUAGGUUUCGACGUGUCGUUGAAGCGUGUGCCACUUGAUAUAUUGAAAGGUGAGCAAAGACCAACUAAAAGGCUAAUGUUGAAAGUUAUUAUGUCAAUAUUCGACGUGUUUGGCUUUUUGGCUCCUUUUACCAUUCAAGGCAAGAUAAUGCUGCAAGAUACGUGGAAAUCGCAUGUCGGCUGGGAUGACACCAUUCCUGACGCCACAUUUGAUAAGUGGAGAAAGUGGCUCGAGCUGCUGCAGACGAGUUCGACGUGCUACGAUGUGGUGGCCGAAUUGACGCCGCACUAG